CCCUACACAUUUAAAUCUGUCCAGACCGUCUGCUGCCUCCUUUGUCCUCUCAUAAUGUGGGACUCCUGCCAUCUGCUCUCUCUCAUCAUUGUUAUUAUUAUAGGCGGCUUUGGCUUUAAAGUCGCACCUCUCCUUGUGCUCCCCUUUCGCUCACAGUUUUACUCCCUAAACAACCCGUAUUUGUUCUCAACUCUUGCGUUUACGUGCAGGGUUUAGAGAGUAAAUCUCUUCUUUUUUUUUCAUUUUAACGGUGUGCGGUUGCCUAGUGACGUCAGUGUCCCAGUAAGAUCCCAGUCUCUCUGGUGUUUUUUUCCCCCCACUUUGGAAAGGCUGUGCCAAAACAAAUCAGGAUGUUUUCCACUCCUGAGUCGGAUUAUUGGGAAACGCUGCUCAGACUUUAAGCUCGGGGGGCCCCAAAUGUGAGGAGAGCGGAGCUGACGAUGUGGCGGAGAGCCCGGGAUGAAAACGUGGACUCCGGAGCCGACACAGCCGAAUCUGUCAGCAGCAGAAUAUCAUCGUCUGCCAGUGAGCUCAUGAACAGACGGGCCAGGCAGCAGCGGCAGCAGCAGCAGCUCUUGCCGAUAAACCUGCACCUGCUGGCCAACCCUGGAGACUCUUUGCUGCUGCAGCAGACCCUGGACCGCCUGCUGCGCUGGCUCUGCCCCAGCCUCCGCAUCUUCCACGUGUCGGAGAGGGCGUCCCCUUUCAGGACUCACACCCCCAUUCGUCCCAUGGCCGGCUACCCCUCUCUGGCCAUCACCUUCUUCCUCCACGAAGCCUACGGAGAGGAGCGGAUCCUUAAAGUGCUGGACUUCUUCCAGCGGCCCCCCUGGCGGUACCACCACACCGAGAGCUGCGGCCCCCGGACCGCAGGCGUCCACAUCUCCUCCGGCAGCUCCCCGUCCGGCGCCCUGCGGCCCUACCUCCUGCCCAGCAGAGACUUUUACAGCCUGGGCGCGGGCAUGCCUGUGUGGGGGGUGCGGCCCGUGCACUGCGGAGGGGAAAUCCUGCGCGCGACGCUCUACAGCAGCCACGGCAACUACGAGGACGCGGUGAGGUUCUACGAGACGGUCCUGCAGCGGCAGGCCGAGGAGCAGAAGGCGGGCUUCUGCUGGUUCACCCUCCACACAGAGCCCGGCCUGUGCCUUCAGCUGGCCUUGAAGCAGCUUUCCCCGGGCGUGGGAGUGGAAGCGUGCAGCUCCGCCGUGCUGCAGUUCAGCGUGGAGGAAGUGGGGCAGCUGGUGCCGCUGCUGCCCAACCCCUGCACCCCCAUCAGCACGACGCGCUGGCAGACGGAAGACCUGGACGGCAACAAGGUUCUCUUUCAGGUGAAGAAUCCAGCGCCGCCUCAGCGACCUCUGACCUGUGCCUUUCCCCUCACCUGCUUCGACGUGCCCCCCGAAGGAGUGGCGCUCCGGAGCAGCGGACACGGCGACAGCUUCGUGCCCUGCGGCCUCACGGCAUCCCUGACCGGGUCAGCUCACACGCAAGCAGGCCGGACGCGCAGCGAGCCGGCUCUGGAGAAGCUUCUCGGAGGCUGCGGCGGCCCAGAGAGCCUGGGAUCGGGGAGCUGCUGCAGCACCCCGCCCGGAAGCUCCUGUUACUCGUCCCAGCGCAGCAGCCCCGCUCAGCUCUCCGCCCCCGGCCACCCCGACUCUCCCCUGCGCCCCUCCGUCACCCGUUCUCUCUCCCGCCUCCUCCUGGAGGAGGGGGAAGAGGAGACCGACGUGGACACGGGAGCUGUCUUCUCCCCCCGCUCGGACGCCGCGGUCAAAACCAUCAGUCGCUCCCCCUCCAUGGACCUCAUGAGGACUGGUCACCCUGAGAGGGCUUUUCCUGUGGAGCAACAGGCGAGACGACCAGCCGAACGUUUGCCACAGACGGCCGAGCUGUUGUCAGCACGCACAAACCACGAGGAGCCAGCAGAUGAGUUCUUUAUCUGAUUCCUGCCACAGCAUAAGCUGGGAUGAGCUGAGGAAGGAGGCGCGUUGUGGAGGACGGAGCACCACACGGUAGCUCCAGCAGGGGGCGCUCCUCACCCACAGGUGUCUGGUCCCUGCAAGCGGCUUGACUGAUGGCGCAGCGCCG